AUGCGGUUCCCGCGUUUACAAUGAAAACUUUUGUGAAUGGCGAGCAGUUAGUGUAGCAACAAGGGAAAGCAUUUCCUACUUGAAAAUAAGGCUAAACAAUCAUGAGUAUAAGUAAUACUGAUCCAGAGAAACCUAAUGAAGUCGCCCCGGCGGUGAAAAAACCCAGGUUUGAUCAACUUCGUGCCGACCACGAGCUGUUUCUGAAAGCAUUCGAGAAGCCAACACAGAUUUAUCGAUUUCUAAGGACGAGAAAUGCUGUGCAACCGAUCUUUCUUCACCGCACAUUGUCAUACAUGAAGCAUCUUCGCACUGCUCGACCCAAUCACAACAAAGAGAAGUUCAAACUUGACAGUAUGCUAGAGAAAGUAGAGAAAAGAGAACAAGAAAUGGAGGAUAAAAGUAAACUCCAAGAGAGUGGGUACUUAAAUCUUAGCUUCAAUAGCUUUUUCUUUGGAUCUGGACCAGUAAAUGGAGAAUUAGGCAGCAAYAAAAAGAAAAGAAUGCUUGGUGAUGAUCUGGUAACAGUUGAAGUAUAUCUGCUCAAAAUUUCCAAUAAAAGAAAGAAGGAAAGUGACAUGCAGUUUGAUCAGGUYCUUCUUGGYAAAGCUGCCGUUCCAUUCAACCCAACAUCUCAGUUAUUGCCAGUGUCCUCAUCRGCAAUCUUAUCCGUACCAAAUACUAACUUCAAAGGUAGUAAAGGAUUUAGCAAGACAUAUAUUCUAAUGAUUCAAGUAGGAGUUCCAUACAAGGUUCCUAUUAAAGGGUCAAAGAAAGCGAAGAAGGAUUCCCAUGACAAUGAUGAAGACAAAACAUGCAAAGAAAACAAYGAACCACCAGCAAAGAGACUACGAAACAGUCACCAUGAUGGUGAAGAAGAAGAGGAUACGGAAAAUAGUCCUGAUUACCAUGUAGAAAAUGUUUUAUACACUGCUGAACUCAUUAUGUUUGAUAACAAAAGAAACUGUUUGCUUACUGAUGGMAACUACGAGCUUGCACUACAAGAAAAGUUUAAAAAACCAGGAMGAAAACGUGGUUUGUUGUCCAACAAGAGUUCCUGGGAAAAUAUCUUCAAAGGGAAUAUGGGUCCAUUUGAAGUGUUUGCAUAUGGUCCUACACUAAAGUUUAAGUUAUCCUGGUCAAACAGUGCUGUUGUGCCACCACUUUGCAGACCAACAACAUUACCACUAACACAGAACAAUCAGCUUAGUAAUGCUAAUACUGAAUCAGAAGAAAGAAAACCCGAGGAGAMUGCUGACAACACUGAUAACACAACAAAAAARCAAAUUAUCUACUAUCAAUUUAUCUAUAACAGUCACACUAGACAGCAGACUGAAGCAAGAGAUGAUACUAACUGUCCUUGGUGUAAUAUCAAUUGUAAUGAUCUUUACUGUCUUCURAAACAUUUAAAGCUUUGUCAUAGUCGAUUCAGAUUCAUUUAUGCUCCACACAGCAAAGGAGCAUGCAUAGAUGUUUGUGUAAAUGACCAUUAUGAUGGCUCGUAUGCUGGCAAAAUGGAAGAGAUCAAUGAAAUUUUAGGGUCUGCAUUCAAYAGAGAAGGACCAUUCAAGCGUGUCCCUCAGACUCAUGUUCUGUUAUGGAGACCYGAUCGUAGAAGAGAGAGCUUGUCUGAGUUUCUAGAAUCUGAUGAUGUUGAGUUUGAAUCCAAUCGACCAUACCAUAAAGGACACAAGAGAAUCUUUUUCCAUUCACCGACAUGCCUUCCCAACCUGCAAGCAGAUCCYGGUGAUAUGUCUGAUAGUGAAGCAGAAGAGAAUCCUGACUGGAUGAAAAUGAGAACAGUCCAGAUGAUUGAUGAGUUUACUGAUGUAAAUGAUGGUGAGAAGGAAYUGAUGAAACUAUGGAAUCUGCACAUGAUGAAUCACUGUUACCAGGCUGAUUCCCAAGUCUUCAAAGCUUGCUGCUCAUUUGUUGAUGUACACUAUGAUGACAUUCUCAGCAAAAACCUCAAGAGAAACUUUCUUAUUCACUUAGUUAAUUUACAAGACUUUGACUUACUCAACGGUGGUCAAAUACAGCAUAUUAUGAACAGACUUAAACAGCCAAAAUAACAUUGUUUGACUUUAAUGCUUGAAAGGCAGUACCCAGUGCUGGUUUAUUGUAAAUAUAAUGAUUUAUAGAUAAUUAAUUAAUUGUUAGUUCUGUACUGAAAUUGCUUGUGAAACAUCCACUGACCCUUACAUAUAAAGACAGUAAAAUAUCUUCCUUUGA